AUGGCACAAGCUUCCAUGGAGCUAACCAGAAUGGAGUUUCUGGUUACAGAGGCACCUGCGGCCUUCGGCCUGCGGCUUUUCACUACGGCAUGUCGCGCGUUGAACAUCACCAUGUGGCAGGUGGUGGUAGGUGCCACCCGGCUGACCCAGCUGGGACCUGAGGCCCAGGUGCGCAACAUCAAGCAGCUGCUGGUUCACCAGCACUUCAGUAAUAUCACAGGAUCGGCGUAUGUGCUGCAGGAGGCCCAGGUGCACCUCAUUGAUGCCGGGGUCUGUAACAGCAGCGGCUGGUACAGAGGGGCCAUCCACACCCACAACAUCUGUGCUGGCUAUCCGCAGGGUGGCAUCGACACCUGCCAGGGGGACAGCGGUGGGCCUCUUGUGUGCCAAGACAAGAGCGCUGACUACUUCUGGCUUGUUGGCCUGACCAGCUGGGGGAUGGGCUGUGCGAGAGCAAAGAAGCCCGGAGUCUACACCUCCACCCAGCACUUCUACAACUGGAUCCUGGAACAGAUGGGCCUGCACACAACAGUAGCGACUACUGCAAGGCCGCAGCCAGCCUUCACCUCCACCCCCGUUCACAGGCCAACACCAACAGAAGCAGGAAGGUUUACAUCCUGCCCACUUCCAGUGCAGAAGCUGUGGGAUUUCCUUUCUUGGCUGCAGAAGUUGGUGCAGUUCCUAAUAGGAGAAAAGGUUUGAUCAGCAGGACGGAGAGGAUCCAGGGCUGGCUGCAGCGCACCACCACCAUUUCCCGCUGGGGCAAUGCCUGCUGAUGCAAAGGCAGCCUCAGUGUCAAAGGCCUGCUCUGUCCUGCCCGCGCUCCUCUCAACGGAAGAGCUCAGCUGGCUGAGUCCCUGCAAUAAAGUGUUUCAGUUCUGUGGCUAA